CGGGGCCGCUCUGGCCGCGCGCCUCGGUGGUGCGGAGUCCCGGAAGCGGCGCGGGCCGAGGCCGCAAUGGCGGAGAGCCCGGCGGCCGAGGACGCGGCCCCGGCCCCGGCCGCGGUGCUGGCGGCGGGCGGCGGCGGCAGCGCCUCCCCCAGCGCCGCCGGCUCCGCGGGCACCCCCGGCGUGUUCAUCCCCGCCGAGCUCUGGGCGGCCGCGGGCUUCGGCGCGGCCGCGGCGCCCGGCACCGGCGUGGCCCCCGGUAGCGGCGGCGCCCCGAUGGCGGCGGCGGCGGCGGGGGCCGCGCUCCUCACGCACUCCGCCUUCUGGGACCCCACGGUCAGCGGCGACUGGGACAGCGAGCGGCCCAGCCCGGCCUGCCUGCUGCGGAUCAAACGGGAUAUCAUGUCCAUCUACAAGGAGCCGCCCCCGGGGAUGUUCGUGGUGCCCGACCCCCACGACAUGACCAAGAUCCACGCGCUGAUCACGGGCCCGUUCGACACCCCCUACGAGGGCGGCUUCUUCCUGUUCCUGUUCCGCUGCCCGCCCGAUUACCCCAUCCACCCGCCCCGCGUCAAGCUCAUGACCACGGGCAACAACACCGUCAGGUUCAACCCCAACUUCUACCGCAACGGCAAGGUCUGCCUCAGCAUCCUGGGCACGUGGACAGGCCCGGCCUGGAGCCCGGCCCAGAGCAUCUCGUCAGUGCUGAUCUCCAUCCAGUCCCUGAUGACAGAGAACCCCUACCACAACGAGCCCGGCUUCGAGCAGGAGCGGCACCCCGGGGACAGCAAGAACUACAACGAGUGCAUCCGGCACGAGACCAUCCGCGUGGCCGUGUGUGACAUGCUGGAGGGAAAGUGCCCCUGCCCCGAGCCCCUGCGGGGUGUGAUGGAGAAAUCCUUCAUGGAGUACCUGGACUUCUACGAGGGCGUCUGCAAGGAGAGGCUGCACCUGCAGGGCCAGACCAUGCAGGACCCUUUUGGGGAGAAGCGCGGGCACUUUGAUUACCAGGCGCUGCUGGGGCGGCUGCAGGCGCUGCGGGCGCGGCUGCAGGAGCGGCAGCAGCAGCAGCAGCAGCAGCAGGACAGCGCCGAGAUGGACUCGGAGAGCAGCUCCUCGGAGCCCGAGCCCGAGCCCCAGGGCUGCCCCCGGGCCUAGGAGGGCCCGGCCCGGCCGGGACUGCGGCGGCACAGCCGGGCCGGGGCGGGGAGAGCCGCGGGCUCCUCCCUCCAUCCCUGCCUCCACCCCGAGGAUUCCCCGAGGAGAAUUCCCAAAAAAGAGACAAAGCCCAGCUCGGGACAGGCUCCUCUUGGACAAAGGUACUUCCUGGCAUGUGGCAUCAGGUUGUUUUUGGGGUUUUUUGGACGACACCUACACUGGCUGGGGUUCUUUUGGUUUUUUUGGUUUUUUUUUUUGUUUUUU